CGAGUCGCCUCACUUCCCCCACCCAUAUACCCAACAAGCCAAACCCCGUCUCCUCGCCUCCGCCUCCGCCUACGACAUCGAGAACUCCAAUGGCGGCGUCCCCGGCACCCUUCUCGCUCUCCGCCUCCACCGUGCCGGCGCGGCUCCGCGCCGCGGUGGCACCCGCGGCGGCCGCGCGCGGUAGGCAACGGCGCGGGCGGAUGGUGGUGCGCGCCAAGAUCCGGGAGAUCUUCAUGCCGGCGCUGAGCUCCACCAUGACGGAGGGAAAGAUCGUCUCCUGGACCGCCACUGAGGGCGACCGUGUCAGCAAGGGAGACGCCGUCGUCGUCGUCGAGUCCGACAAGGCCGACAUGGACGUCGAGACGUUCUACGACGGCAUCGUCGCCGCCGUCCUCGUCCCCGCGGGGGAGUCCGCGCCGGUCGGGGCGCCCAUCGCACUGCUCGCGGAGUCCGAGGAGGAGGUGUCCCUCGCCGUCGCCAAGGCCCAGGAGCUCGCCAAGGUGGGGCAGCCGCAGCAGGCGCCGCCUCCUUCGGCGGAUGUCGCCGGGACGCCGCCCCCGCCUCCGCCGCGGCCGGCGGAGGCUCCGGUGGUUGUUCCCGCCCCGGUGGUCGCAGGGACCAAGGGCAUUGCCACGCCGCAGGCUAAGAAACUAGCGAAGCAGCACAGGGUGGACCUUGCAAAGGUGACUGUCACCGGACCAUUCGGUCGAAUUACGCCUGCAGAUGUUGAGGCGGCCGCAGGCAUCCAGCCAAAGCCAAAGGUUGCUCCUGCUGCUGCUGCACCACCACCACCUGUGGCUGCGCCCUCAGUGGGGGCAGUGCCUCAAGCGGCAGUGCUCCCACCGGUGCCUGGUGCGAUUGUCGUUCCAUUCACUACCAUGCAGGCCGCCGUGAGCAAGAACAUGGUGGAGAGCCUGGCAGUGCCGGCAUUCAGGGUUGGGUACCCUAUUUUAACCAACAAGCUCGAUGAGCUGUACGAGAAGGUUAAGUCAAAGGGAGUGACAAUGACAGUGCUGCUGGCGAAGGCCGCAGCCAUGGCGCUUGCGCAGCACCCUGUUGUCAAUUCUAGCUGCAAGGAUGGAAAGAGCUUCACUUACAACAGUAACAUCAACAUUGCAGUGGCUGUCGCUAUUGAUGGUGGGCUUAUUACACCCGUCCUGCAGGAUGCUGAUAAGCUGGAUAUAUACUUGCUCUCGCAAAAUUGGAAGGAUCUAGUCAAGAAGGCACGUGCGAAACAGCUCCAACCAAAUGAGUACAGCUCUGGGACAUUUACCCUGUCCAACCUGGGGAUGUUUGGUGUAGAUCGAUUUGAUGCAAUUCUUCCACCUGGCCAGGGAGCUAUCAUGGCUGUUGGAGCCUCAAAACCUACAGUGGUGACUGAUAAAGAUGGUUUCUUUAGUGUCAAGAGCAAAAUGCAGGUCAAUGUCACUGCUGAUCACAGGAUUGUUUAUGGUGCUGAUUUGGCAGCAUUCCUGCAAACUUUUGCAAAGGUUAUUGAAGAUCCUGAUAGCUUGACUUUGUAAGACUUCUUGAAGUGUUAUCUGUGUGCCGGUCAUUAGUCUAAUUCCAAUUGGAGUUCUAUCGUUGGUCUCCAAUUUCUGUAUCUUUGAGCAUUCAACAUGAUGUUGCCUGAGCUGUUUGUACUGGUUUUUAUUCAUAUUUUGAAUGUUGUCAUAGAGAUUAUACUGUUGAUACAUGGAAAUUUUGGAAAGUAAUAAAUUAUAAUUGUAGAAUAGUUUGCUAA